AUGGCGACAGCUACCCGCUUCGGUCUGCGCGCUCUGCGCCCACAACCCUUCCGCACCUUCGCCCAACGACGAGCCUACGCCAGCGCAACGGAGAGCGCCUCCGCGGUUGAGGCACCCAAGGUAGUAGAGGAGAGCGGCUUCACCAAGUUCUGGAACAGCCCCGUCGGACCAAAGACGGUGCACUUCUGGGCUCCCAUUAUGAAGUGGGGUCUCGUCCUAGCCGGCGCCGCCGACUUCGCCCGGCCAGCCUCUGCAUUGUCCAUCCCUCAGAAUGCCGCACUCAUGACCACCGGCGCUAUCUGGACCCGCUGGUGCUUCGUCAUCAAGCCCCGGAAUCUGUUCCUAGCAUCCGUCAACGCGCUGUUGGCCUGUGUAGGUCUGACGCAAGUCACGAGGGCGUUGAUGUACCAGCAGAGUCUCAAGGGCCAGGAGGGCGUAAAGAAUGAGCUGAAGAAGGAGGGCGGUGUUCUGGAGAAAGUGGUGACGAAGCCGGAGAGUGUGGUUGAGGGCGUGAAGAACCCGAAAUAG